CUGAGCGCACCUGACAGACUCAAAGACGAUAAAAGAUCGACUAACAGAAGACAUGAUGACGAAUUGAAUGAUACAUUGUGGAUUUUAAAUUGUAAUUUAUUCGCUUUUUUGUUAAGUGGAUUUUGGUACUGCAGUUUUACACCACAACGAAAAGAAGAAAAUAAUUAUCCCGUCUUUUUUUUUUUUUUUUAUUUUUUUACCUGCCACAAUGGAGUCUAAUAAAAAGCAGUUGACUCUUCAGCUGCUGAUGGCUGUUGGGACUGCUGUGAUUGGCUCCUUGCAGUUUGGCUACAACACAGGAGUCAUCAAUGCCCCUCAGAAGAUCAUCGAGACUUUCUACAAUGAGACGUGGCAUAAAAGGUAUUCAGAGUACAUGCUGUCAACCACUCUAACUACACUCUGGUCCGUAUCAGUGGCCAUUUUCUCAGUAGGUGGCAUUUUCGGCUCCUUCUCAGUUGGGCUGUUUGUAAACCGCUUUGGCAGGAGGAACUCAAUGCUCAUUGUUAAUGUUCUGGCCUUCAUAGCUGCUGCGUUAAUGGGCUUUUCCAAGCUGGCUGAAUCCUGGGAGAUGCUUAUUAUUGGACGCUUUAUAGUGGGCCUUUACUCUGGCCUGUCCACAGGCUUUGUACCAAUGUAUGUCGGAGAAAUUGCCCCAACUUCAUUACGUGGGGCACUGGGCACACUUCAUCAGCUUGGCAUUGUCAUUGGCAUCCUCAUAGCACAGAUCUUUGGUAUGAAAGAAAUCAUGGGGACCCCUACAAUGUGGCCCUUCCUAUUUGGCUUUACUUUCAUCCCAGCCUUACUCCAGUGUGCCCUGCUGCCUUUCUGCCCCGAGAGCCCACGCUACCUCCUCAUCAACCAGAACGAGGAGGCCAAAGCCAAGACUGUGCUGAAGAAGCUCCUUGGCACUGAAGAUGUGGAUGCAGACAUGCAGGAGAUGAGGGAAGAGAGCAGGCAGAUGAUGAGGGAGAAGAAGGUCACCAUCCCUGAGCUGUUCCGCUCAUCGCUCUACCGCCAGCCCAUCUUCAUUGCCAUCAUGCUGCAGCUCUCUCAGCAGCUCUCUGGUAUCAAUGCUGUUUUUUAUUUCUCCACUGGUAUUUUUGAGAAAGCAGGGGUGUCUGAGCCGGUCUAUGCCACCAUUGGUACUGGAGUUGUUAACACAGCAUUCACAGUUGUAUCUCUGUUCAUAGUGGAGCGAGUUGGUCGAAGGUCAUUACAUCUUAUUGGGCUGAUGGGAAUGGCUGUGUCUUCUGUUCUCAUGACCAUAGCUAUGGCGCUACUAGAUCAAGUGAAAUGGAUGUCGUAUGUCAGCAUCAUAGCCAUCUUCAGUUUUGUGGCAUUUUUCGAGAUCGGACCAGGCCCAAUCCCAUGGUUCAUUGUGGCAGAACUCUUCAGUCAAGGUCCCCGGCCUUCUGCCAUCGCUGUUGCUGGUUUCUCCAACUGGUUUGCUAACUUUUUGGUGGGAAUGUGCUUCCAGUAUGUUGAGGAACUGACAGGCCCGUACGUUUUCAUCAUCUUCACUAUCUUCCUGCUGAUAUUCUUCGUCUUCACCUACUUUAAAGUUCCUGAGACCAAAGGCCGGACAUUUGAAGAGAUCUCUGCGAGCUUCCGCUCAGGGGCAGAGAAAUAUACCCAAGAUGAUCUGAACACACUGGGGGCAGAUGCCCAGCUCUGAGUGCUACGUCACGUUUAUACAGUAAUGUUAUAAACCAAGUGAGUGUCCUCGGCUAUAGCAUUAUGGGUAUGUUCAAAAUGGCAAAGUACUAUAUUACUUCUAAUAGGAAUGCAGUAGGUUAUGAAGUGUUUACUAUGCACUAGUGAUGUCACGAUACUGAAAUUUCUAACUUUAAUACGAUACCUUGAAAACAUCAAUAUACAAAACCAUUUUUGAUAUCACAGGGAAAAACUGCAUAAAAUUUGAGAUUUUUAUUAAAAGAUAAUAUGACAAGGCUAGAACAUGACAAUUAUGUAUAUUCUUGCAUUAAUGAAAUCUUCUUGAGGUGGUAAAACACUGGAGAAAAACUUACACUGUACACUGGAAACAAGCUUAUGGAUUUACAUAUGUUUACUUCCUUUUUUAUGAGAAGUAUUAUUUUUGGUAUUUUGUUACCCAGAAUAGGGUGGUGUGAGCAUUAUGGAGUGCUAUAAACACAUGUAAUGCAAGCAUUUAAUACAGUAUAAAAUACUGUAAAAUGAUAUAUUUUCUGCCCCAUUCUGUGAUGUGAAGUGAGUUUGGAGUUGGUAUCGGUGUAUCGAUACUGUGGAAAAAGAGUUUUAAAACCGUCUUAUGAUUGAAAUCGUUUCAGAUAUUUCAGUAUUGAUAUGUAUCGAAAAAUACUACUAUUAUGCAGAUUUUCUGAUUACAUUGAAUGCUCAUAUGACUUUACUACAUUUGACAAACUGUGCAAUAUUUGACCAGUAUACACUGCCUUUCAGUAGUUGCUCAUUAUUUUACUGGACUGACAAAAGUAUGAAUAUUUGUUUACAAAAUUGUAUUAAACAUUGCAAAAUUA